AUGUCGACCUCCAAUCCUCCUCAAAACCCUCCCCCGGACGACGUCGAGGAUGAGGACCUCCUCGCAGAAGACGAUGCCGCCGAAGAAAUUGGAGAAGACCCGGACCACCCAAUGGAUGAAGACGAUGAAGACGUCGACAUUGAAGGCGAGGAGAUACAGCUACAAAAUGACUCUGCUGCCCACUUCGACGCACACACCGACAGCAUCUUCUGCAUAGCCCAACACCCAGCACGACCCUCCAUCAUAAUAACCGGCGGCGGAGAUGAUGCAGCGUAUAUCUUCGACGCAUCCACGGCCAACCUUUCCACUCCCGCUCACACACCUGGGUCAGAACGCCAGAGCCUCCCUCCACUCCAAAAGCUCGACGGCCACAAAGACUCCGUCAACGCCGUGACAUUCACCUACCCUCGCGGAGACUACGUUGUAACAGCGGGCCUAGACGGCCAGCUGCGAGCCUGGCAAAGUAAAGACUCAUCAGCUAAGAGCUGGACAUUCAUAGCCGCAGUCUCCGAGGUCGAAGAGAUCAAUUGGGUUGCCGCCUCGCCGAACCCUUCGCACGAGAACGUUGUCGCGCUAGGCGCUAAUGACGGCUCCGUAUGGAUAUACCAGAUCAACGCCACGGACAAGGAAUCGCCCCUGACGAUCGUGCAAGCAUUCUACCUACACACCGCAUCCUGUACGGCCGGCGCAUGGACUCCCGACGGCAACCUAUUGGCCACUGUUUCCGAGGACGGCAGUCUUUACGUGUGGGACGUCUUCUCGACAGGUCAGGCCGUUGUCUCGCAGACAGCCGCGGACCAACGCUUCGAGGUCGAAGGUGGCCUGUACAGCGUGGCAUGCACACCGUCACUGGUCGCGGUGGGUGGCGCAGGCGGAAACAUCAAGGUCGUCGGCCUGCCACAACCAUCAGACCAAACAAAGAAGAACGCCAAGGGCGGCAGAAGUGCAGGUGGUCAAUCUGCCUCCACAUCUGCAUCAGCAGGCCAGAUCCUUGCGUCAUUGCAGGCGCAGAGCGAUGGUGUCGAGACCCUGUCCUUCUCCUCCCCUCCUCUCAGUCUCCUGGCUGCCGGCAGCGUUGACGGCUCAAUAGCGCUGUUCGAUACGGCCCACCGCUUUGCUGUCCGACGGCAUAUAAAGGAGGCCCAUGAAGAGUACGCGGUGGUGAAGGUCGAUUUUGUACGCAACCGCGAGCGCGGCGGAUGGAUCUUGACGACUGCUGGCAUGGACGGCGUGGUAAGACGAUGGGAUGCCCGUGGUGGAACGACGGCUGCGGGACAAGGCUUCAUACAAGAGUGGAGAGGACACCGAGGUGAAGGAGAAGGCGGAGGUGUGUUAGGCUUUGUGCAAGGCGGUGGUGAUAAUAGGAUAGUUACAGCUGGUGAUGACGGUGUUGCCCUCGUCUUCAAGGCAGACAUUGCAUGA